UUACAAGAUGGAAUUUUCCAAAAAUAUGAGUCAACUAAAUUUUUUUUUUAAAAAGUCUUCUCUUUUUUCUUUUUGCUUCUCUGUUCAUUUUUACUGUUCAAAGCUGUUGAGAAAUAACUAUAAUUAGUAAACUGCAAACACCAUUAAAAAGCUUUGAAUUUUCUCAACAAACAGAACAGUUCAAAUCAGUUUCCUCUGUUCUUUUAUUUAUUCCCUUUUCAUUCGGGUCUCCUUGUUUCUUCCUCCUGAGACUUAAAAGUCUUUAUAUGUUUGCUUGAGAAACAAGUUUCUGACAUUUCUUUCUCUCAAGGUGGAAAAAGAAUAGGAUGGCUGCAAGAAGAGUUAAAGGAAAAGACAGCAAUGCGGUUACCGCCAUAGCUAUUGACAAAGACAAGAACAGCCAACACGCUUUGAAGUGGGCUGUUGAGAAUAUUGUUGUCAAUUCUCCAAACUGUAUCCUUCUCCAUGUUCAAACCAAACUGAGAAUUGGUGCAGAAGAGAACACAGAAGCAGACAACGAAGAAGAGGCGCAUCAGUUCUUCCUUCCCUUCAGAGGCUUCUGCGCUCGAAAAGGGAUUAUGGCAAAGGAGGUUCUGCUUCACGAUAUUGACAUAGCAAGUGCAAUUGUUGACUACAUCAACAACAACUCCAUUGCAAAUAUAGUCCUUGGAGCCACCGCAAGAAACUCCUUCCUCAAGAAGUUUAAGACCGUAGAUGUGCCAGGGACCCUGCUUAAAACAACUCCAGAUACAUGUGCUGUCUUUGUUGUGUCUAAAGGGAAACUAUUAACAAGCAAAUCAGCGAGUAGGCCUCAGACACCUCAACAUUCUCCCCAGCCUCCAAAACCACACCCACACUCUGCCAUAUCCGAUCCUGGCCCGGCAAGCUCCAUCACUUUCAGUGAUUCCGGAAGGUCAUCUCCUGCAUUAAACGGAGGUUUCUCUCCACCUACAGCUCAUUUCAAGCCUUCUCUAAUUAGGAGUUCUCCCUCAAGGUUUAGCAAUGGACUCUCUCCCAGCGGUCACAGUGGUGAGUCAAAUGCGAGUUUCUACAGCAUCCUAGGAAGAUCCACCUAUGGAGGAAGCUCCCACUCUUCCACAUCCAUGUCCGAGUUAGCCGAUGGAGAGGAACGCUUUUCUGGGGGAAGUUAUAUCACUGAACAGAAUCAUAAUCUUGAAGCAGAGGUGAGAAGAUUGAGACUCGAAUUGCAACAGUAUAAUGUUUCCAUGGGCAGAGAAAGUGCCCCUCAUCUUCAAGGACCAAGCGCUGCCGCCGAAUCUAUAAAGUUGGAGGAAGCAAAGGUAGCAAGGGAUAUGCUUAGGGCAAUGUCUGAGAUGGAUAAGCAUAAAACACAGAGCGAGAUCCACGCUACCGAACUGGCGCACCGUCUUGCGGAAAUGGAUAAGCAGAAGAGAAGACUGGUGGAGAUGCAGGCCAGAUUCAAGGAACAGGACAUGGCCAGCAACGUAUCUUACAGAAGAUAUAGCAUCAGAGAUGUCGAAGGUGCAACCGACGGUUUUUCGGAUGCUCAAAAGAUUGGGGAAGGAGGGUAUGGACCUGUGUAUAAAGCCGUUCUCGAAAACACUUCUGUUGCUAUCAAAAUCUUGAAGUCAGAUGUCUCACAAGGCCUGAAACAGUUCCAACAAGAGGUUGAGGUUCUCAGUUGCAUGAGACACCCUAACAUGGUGAUCCUCCUCGGUGCUUGCCCCGAGUACGGCUGCCUUGUGUACGAGUAUAUGGAGAACGGAACGCUAGAAGAUCGUCUCUUCUGCAAAGACAACACUCCUCCACUGUCUUGGAGACAACGGUUUAGAAUCGUUGCUGAGAUUGCCACAGGACUUCUUUUCCUUCACCAGGCCAAACCUGAGCCACUAGUGCAUAGAGAUCUGAAGCCGGCAAACAUACUGCUAGACAGACAUUUGAACAGCAAAAUCAGUGACGUGGGCUUGGCUCGGUUGGUGCCUCCCGCUGUUGCUGAUAGCUUCACCAAUUAUCACAUGACAGCUGCAGCCGGUACGUUUUGUUACAUUGACCCUGAGUACCAGCAAACGGGAAUGCUUGGAGUGAAGUCUGACUUGUACUCAUUCGGUGUGGUGCUUCUGCAAAUCCUCACAGCUAUGCCAGCGAUGGGGUUAAGCCAUAGAGUGGAGAAAGCACUUGAGAAAAAGAGACUCAUAGAAGUUUUGGAUCCCAAAGUAUCAGACUGGCCUGAAGAAGAGACUCAGGUGCUAGCUCAAUUGGCUUUGCAGUGCUGUGAGCUGCGGAAAAGGGAUAGACCUGAUCUUGCUACCGUUCUGUUGCCUGCACUGAGCAAGCUAAGGGAGUUUGCAACAGAGGAUCAUGAAGACGAUAGAAUAUACUCUGUGCCACGUGCUCACAAUUCGGUUCAUGACGUAGAUGACGACGAUAGAAUAUACUCUGUGCCGCGUGCUCACAAUUCGGUUCCCCGUUCCCCAAUAUCUUCUUCCUCUCAGGUUGGUUUCUUCUUAUAGUAACUGCAAUUAGAGAUUUAUAAUCAUUGAUUCCUGAGACUUUAUUUUAAUCAUUUUAUUUGCUAUGUAAACAGUGGAUGCAUUGAGAAAUUCCUAUUGAUCCCAUACCUACCAGAAGAAGGCGACAAGACAAUGAGAAGGAAGAUUUUGUUGGUCUUUUAAAUAAUUUGUGCUCCACCCAAAAGUUCAAUGUUGAUCUCCCAUAUUGUCGGAGUUCCCAUCUUGUAUAUGAAACACUUUAUUUUUUAGUCUCGUGAAAAGAAACACUUUCAUUAUAGAAGAGCUCUCUCGUCCUUGCAAAAUCUCGUCACCUACAUUCCAUCUGUAGCACAUAUAAAUCUUUAUAAGCAACUGCAUACCGAAAUUUGAAGAGUAGAAGCUUCUUUGAAUGUUGGACAAGAUAGACGCAAAGAUGUAAGUAGCUAGUUGCACAUAACAAUCUUCUCAAAACCAGAACAUAGAGAAAGAAACAAAGACUUAUGGAGCUACACCAUUAAUAUCAGCUGAUAAAGGGACCUUGUUAACUCGAGACAAUUCGGGCUUGGAGAGACAAUUACAAUACGCAAAAAGCAAAAUACUUUAGUAUUGGGAAACAAAGCACAAGUUCACAUUAUAUCAAGAACACAUGUUGUGAAAGUCGUUACCUGGAAAAGCUUGAAGAGAAUGUCCCGCGAGUACAACUAAGAUUCGGAUAAUGUGUUGUGUGAUACUUACACCUUCAACAAAGAAGUCCCAGCUAGAAAAGCCAAGACCUU